UUUCCCCUGUUCAAGUAGAAGGAGAAGCAUGCGCGCGCUUAGACCUCCGCCGUGUCCGCGCGCGCGCUAACGGCGACUCGGGAGCUCGUGCUGCGUUCAGGGACGGUUUUGAAAAGGAACUUCCCCCUGUCUUUCUCUCACACACUCUCCUGAUCUCUCCCUCCCUCUCGCUCUGUUCAGGAGAUGAGAUGAUGGACAGUAGGAUGCUCGAGCACCCGCGCGCACAGUAUGGGAUGGCCGGUGUCGGUUUUCCGUACCACCUCAGCCACCAUCACCGCCAUGUCUACGACAUCGCCGGACACCAGAUGCAGACUGUUGCUCCCUUUUCCAUAGACGGAUUAUUAAACGGCUCCUGCUCGGCCUCCGUAGUCAGCUCGAGCAGUCUGCUCGCGCCCGGUUGUGCCGUUAACGCGGACAAUCAAGCUUACAAACUCACCGACUCUGCAGAUCUGGAUAAAGAAAGUCCCGGCUGUAAACGGAGACGAACGCGGACAAACUUCACCGGCUGGCAGCUUGAAGAGCUCGAGAAAGCGUUUAACGAGAGCCAUUAUCCCGACGUGUUCAUGCGCGAGGCGCUCGCGCUGCGCCUCGACCUGGUGGAGUCACGUGUGCAGGUCUGGUUUCAGAACCGAAGAGCCAAGUGGAGAAAGAAGGAGAACACGAAGAAAGGUCCCGGUAGACCAGCACACAACUCCCACCCAACCACUUGCAGCGGAGAGCCCAUGGACCCAGAAGAGAUCGCACGGCGUGAGCUACAGCGGCUCGAGAAGAAGAAGCGUAAACAAGAGCGAAAACUUCUCAAAUCCCAGAACAAGUUCUUGUCCUCUGAGUUGCUGCACACUCCUGGCUCAGACAGUGACAUGUCUCAGAGCACAGACAACGAAUCUGCACAAUGCAGCAUCCCCACGUCCAGCACACAUGCACGUCAACCCGACCACGACCACGACGCCGACGCCGACCCCGACAUGCACAACCGGAACAUGGCCCUGUGUCCCAGCGCUGACUUCACACGUCCUUCAUCCUUACAGAAGCUCAACCCUUUCAGCGUGGAGAGCUUGCUCGCUGACUCCAGUCCGAAACGGAAGCUGGCGUCAUUUUCGUCCGAUUUUUCUCAAUCACCUGUCGUCGGUAAAGGUCACUUCCUGUUGUAUCCCAUCACGCAGCCUUUGGGUUUUAUUGUUCCCCAGAAAAACACUGACUCCUCACACACGCUGACUGCAAACACACUCUGCACCGAGGCUAAACGACCAAAAAAUGAGCAGCUUUCACCUGGAGCCCAUCACACACACACACACACCACACACUGCGAGCAGGAAGAAAAGUCGGACGCGGAAAGAAGUGAGGAAGUGAAAGCGUAAGAAGAUUCUCUUCCGACAAAAGAGCAUCUGAAUCUUUAACAUUUUUAUUCACUCUGAACCCUUUUCUAAAUAAAAGAAUCCUCAACACGGAUUUCCUUCAUUCAUUCAGAUGGAUGGAUUAUUAUUAGAAUUCUGAUUAUUAUGUGGUUUUAUUUGUUAUUAUCAUUAGAGUAAAAGAUGACGCCUUUCCAGAACAACAGGAAUCCUCA